CUUUGAUCCCUCUAAUAUCCUCUCUCUCAUUAUAACGUCCAAUCCCUUUCAUUUAAAGUCCUUCUCUGCCCCGUUUGUUGCUUUACAUUUCUUAUGUCUUUCUAAUGUCUACUUCUGUCCCUCUAAUGUCCUCCCUCAUGGAGUCACCCCCGUUUAUCUCUCUGAUCCUCCUCUUUGUCUUCUAAUAUUCCAUAAUAUGACAUUCUCUUCUCACCUUCUGUACCUCUAUUUCCCAGUAGUUCAUUCUCUUCCAUAGACACUGAUCAAAACCACCAAAGACACCCACAACAGCUUGGUUUUGUCUUACUAUUUACUACGUUCUAGUCAUUGUAAUCAGGAGAUUCAUUUAACAUUGAGUUUAGAUGCAUUCGCGUGAAUCCUGACUUUUUAAAAUCAAACUGCUUAUGUUGGGGAAGAGGGGAAAAGUAUAGACUACUUGAUGAAGAAUAAAAAUAAACAAACUAUUUGUCAUUACCUUGUCACAAACAGUUCAUAUGAAUUGUGUUACGACAAACAGCCCCAAAGUUAUUUUGUGUUUUAUUCUAUGAACCCCAGUUUAAUCGGUUUAGUGGGGAUUUUGCUCCCAAAUUCUUCCUAAUGAUUGUUAAUAUCUUCCUGUUCUUGUAGCAGCCAACCAGAAAGGAGCCAUGAUUGCCGGAGUCCUUAUACCACUGUCACUUAUUUUCAUCCUGUGUUGUUGCUGUUGCUGUGGAAAUAACCAGUCAACUCCUAAAGACAGGUAUUUAUAUGCAAUAAACCUGAUUAACAGAGUAGAAGUCUGUCUAUUCUUUUAAGUGAAAUAUUUGGCAUAAAGGAAGUCUACAUAUUGUGCUUCUCCUAGAAAUUUUCAGUUUUCCAUAUAAAGAAAUGGAAAAACAUCUGAGCUAAAGGUUAGAGAGAUAUUGGAAAAAAUAACCAAAGACAAAGUUAGUUCUCUAACAGAGGAGAAAACGACAACUCCCAUUGUGCUUUGCCACAGUAGCAAGUUUUUAAUUAUAAAUUGGUGUCCCACUUUUGCUAUCCUUUAUCUACACCAUUUAUGCAGUGGGUAUGCCAGGGCCCCCAUCAGAAAUUUUGGGGCCCCUGACAAAGCACAAGGUCUGGGGCCUCCCUCUGUGACCCCCCACCCUGGCCCGCCCACGCCCUACCUAGUCCGCUGACAAUGAUGUGGGACUGAAUGUGGUGUGUAUAGUGGAAGUGAAUUAGAAUGUGUGUAAUGGAUGUAGUGUUUGUGUGUAUUAGAUACUGUUCGUUCAGUGAAUGCAGAGUGUGUGUUUGUGUAGCGGAUGCAGUGUGUAUAAUGAACGCAGAGUGUGUUUGAGUAGUGGAUGUAGUGUGUGUACAGUGAUGUAGUGUGUGUUUGUGUAGUGGAUGUAGUGUUUGUGUGUGCUAGAUGCAAUGUGUUCAGUGGAUGCAGUGUCUGUAGUGGAUGUAGUGUGUGUAUUAGACGCAGUGUCUGUGUAUAGUGAAUGCAGAGUGUUUCAAUGUGUGGUGGAUGUAGUGUGUGUACUGUGAAUACAGGAUGUUUGUGUAGUGGAUGCUGUGUGUAUAGUUAAUGCAGAGUGUGUGUCAGUGUAGUGAAUGCAGAGUGUGUAUCAGUAUAGUAAAUGCAGAGUGUGUGUCAGUGUAGUGAAUGCAGAGUGUGUAUCAGUAUAGUAAAUGCAGAGUGUGUGUCAGUGUAGUGAAUGCAGAGUGUGUGUCAGUAUAGUAAAUGCAGAAUGUGUGCAUAGUGUAGUGAAUGCAGAGUGUGUGUUAGUGUGUAAUUAAUGCAGUGUGUGUUAGUGUAGUGAAUGCAGAGUGUGUGUUAGUGUGUAGUGAAUGCAGAGUGUGUGUCAGUGUAAUGAAUGUAGUGUGCGUGUUAGUGCAGUGAAUGCAGAGUUUGUGUUAAUGUGUAGUGAAUGCAAAGUGUUUGUGUGUUAGUGUAGUGAAUGCAGAGAGUGUGUUAGUGUGUAGUGAAUGCAGAGUGUGUGUCCGGGUAGUGUAUGCAGAGUGUGACGUAUUAGUGUAUGCAGAGUGUGUGUUGUAUUAGUGUAUGCAGUGUGUGUCAGUGUAAUGAAUGCAGUGUGUGUCAGUGUAGUGUAUGUAGUGUGUGUGUUGUACUAGAGUAUGCAGAGUGUGUGUCAGUGUAGUGUAUGCAGUGUGUGUGUCAGUGUAGUGUAUGCAGUGUGUGUGUUGUACUAGCGUAUGCAGUGUGUGUGUGUCAGUGUAGUGUAUGCAGUUCACUGCCUCCAAUAACUCUCGCGAGACCCGUGUUGCCAUGGCAACGCUCUGCGCGGCACGCAGGCUGCGGGUCUUGCGAAAUUUAUUGGAGGCAAUGAACUGCGUGUGAAGAAACUGUGUGCUGGGCCCCCUAUGCGGUAACAGGGAGCUGGGGGCCCGCGGCUGCACACAUAGAUAGCGAUAUUCGCUAUCUAUGUGUGCAGAGAAGGAAAGUGGGGCCCAGGACUGCCAGAGCAGUCCGGGCCCCCCAGGACCGCCGGGCCCAUGACAACCAUCAGGGUUGUCACCCUCUGAUGGCGGCCUUGGGGUAUACAGGCAUGUAAGCAUUACCUCUAUUUUCUCAAGCAGUUGAAAAAAUUAUAUUCUCUGGUACAAGGGAUAAGGCAUUAAAUAAUCAUUCAGACAUUCACACAUGGUACUAUGGUUUCCUAUGCCCUGUCCCUCUCAAUCUACUGAAAAUGUAUGUUUAAAUAAGAAAGUCUUUCAAUCCUGUAACACUACAAAUUGCAAAUAGGACAAAACCUUUUACAUGCAAAGGCAACCUCAACUAUCGUCAGCUGAUAUGCCAUAGGUUGUCCAUCACAUGAUAUUAAAGGACCACUAUAGGCACCCAGACCACUUCAGCUUAAUGAAGUGGUCUAGGUGCCAGGUCCAUCUAGAAUUAACCCUUUCUGCUGUAAACAUAGCAGUUUCAGAGAAACUGCUAUGUUUACAAUAGGGUUAAUCCAGCCUCUAGUGGCUGUCUCAUUGACAGCCGCUAGAGGCGCUUCCGCGCUUCUCACUGUGAUUUUCACAGUGAGAAGAUGUCAGCGUCCACAGGAAAGCAUUGAGAAUACUUUACUAUGAGACUGGCUGAAUGCGCAUUCAGCCGAUGACGGGGAAAGGAGGAGGAGAGUCCCCAGCGCCGAGGGAGGGAUUAACCCCUUCCUCACCCAAGAGCCUGGCGGAAAGGUGGCCCAGAGGGUGAGGGGGACCCAAGGACCCUAUAGAGCCAGGAAAACGAGUAUGUUUUCCUGGCACUAUAGUGGUCCUUUAAGUGAUUCGCUCGUCUUAGUUCCAAAUAAAAGUUAAAUUGUUAUACUACAUCAUUAAAAGUGUAAUAGACAACAGUUAUAUGUCUACCCUUUGCUAAAACCCUAAUUUAAACAUAAUUUUGCUUGAUUACAGGGUAAACAAUGGAGAAGGUGGGUCCUUAUCCCGAAUGAAGCACAAUUUUCAGGGAGCUCUGGCAAACAUUUAUUCUGUGUUACCUUGUUGUUCUGUUGGGAAUUCAAAACUUUCCUGGGUUACAGGUAAGAGAUUUUUGAAUCCAAUACCUUUUCCUUUCCAAUGUACCCAUUGCUAUACAUAUUAAACACUGUGGCUUUUAUGUUCCAGUGUCACAUCAUGAUGCCGAGCUUCCCUUCAAUCAUAGCUUCAUCGAGUCCCCUUCCACUGGCUGGUUAUCAGAGAAUUCUUUUUCCUCAUUUGAGUCAGAUGAUGGGGGACCUGUGUAUUGUGUUCCUCCCAGAGAAGGUAAUACACAGAUAUUUUCUUUGGGUUUAAAUGUAAUAAAUGUGGAUGUGUUCAUUUCACCACACACAGGACGAUGACUUUAGUUGGUUUAAUAAUCAGUCUACGUGAGAACUGAAUAUUCUAAAAUGUGGGGAACAAAUGGCCAGUGUUAAAUGGAUUUCGCAAAUUUUGCUUCCACAUAUAGCCUACCAUAUUAGCUGCCAUCAUUAUUAUUAUUAUCACUAGCAUUUAUAAAACACCAGCAUAUUCCAAAGCGCAGUACGACUGAGGACAAGACAGUACAAUAUGCACAGACCAAAACAAAAGGUAAAAAGCCCUGCCCGUGAGCUGACAUUUUUCCAGAUGAAUGAGGGCACACUAUGAGCACCAUCAUCACUGCAAGUUCCCUGUUCCAUCUCCUUUCUACCUUUUCACAUUCACAAGUGGUAGAGCAGUUUAUUAACCCCAUGCUGUAUGCUGCAUUGAAAAAGGGGAUUGCCCUAAAACAUUUGCCUGUUUCCUAUGUCCUUCAAAUUAAUUUGAGUAGAACAUCUGAUGCACAUUGCAACUUGUAGCUCAGCCUUCAUUCUUUGUUUUUCUGAUACUCAUUUCACUUCCUGAGCAACAGUGGGAUGCAUUUGCAGCACAGUGUGAAUAUAUUUAUCUUUCUAAAAAACCUAAAAACAUUUUCUUGGAUAGUGCACAAACCUUUAUUUCAUUUCGAUUAAUUUGUGGCCACAUUUUGCGUUUUUCAAUUUUGCUCCUCCUGAGGUUUCUCCUUUCUUUGUACUUUAAUUCCAUUAUCCUUAAAAUGUACGCAAUAUGAGUAUUUCAUGAAGAUGGUUUUUUUGUAAAAUACUCUGAAGUGAUAUAGCAGUGAGAGACCUGCUUAAAUAUUGACCAUUGAUACUUCGUUUCAGGAAUGUCUGUAGCAGAUAUCGAUGGAUUCCAGGAGAUGAGUUCUAAGUGCAAUGUAUUUCCAGAAGCACUAGCUUUUAACUCAGACGACUCCUGUCAACCAUUUUCCAUCCCCAGGACUUCCAGCAUUGCCAAAGCCAAAAGGCCAUCAGUAUCAUUUGCUGAGGGAACCAGAUUUGAAAGCAGAAGAUCCUCCACCACUGAUACACCAAAUCUUGCUCGGAAGCCAAAACUUGCUUUAAGUUUGCCAAAACUGCCUUCGAUACAGUCAAAUACACUCAAUGGGGAAGAACUACAAAAAUGUGAGCAGACCAAUGGAAAACUGAACCCGGAACUGGAAGAUCAUCCAAAACUCCAAAGAAGCAUGCCAGUUGGGCGCCGAAGAACUAUGUCUAAUGCACAGAAAGUAGCCUUGAAAAUUGAAAUGGCAGAAUCUGGCACAAGUGAAAAUAUUUAUGAAAUGAAAAGGAAGAUCCCUGUUAUAUCAACUGUUUAUGUGAGUGUUGGACCCCCCAAAAAGCCAUAUAAGCCUCGUAGAAAAUCAGAAGGCAAUGUGGAUGGGGCAGUCCAGGCUGUGCUGAAACGUUUGGGCAGCUUUCAGAAAGGUAUUCCAAAACCAGUACGGAAAAGUUUACUGCAGCCACCAAAUUUCAGAGCUUCUCAAACAAAGAUAUAUGAAGAAGAAGGCAAAACUACCAGCAAAACCUGUGACUCCUCAAAUGUGCCCCCAAAUGCCAGGUUGCAGGACAACACAAAAAGGAAAGCCCUUGUGCCAAGUUCCUCCAUUCUUAAGAAAGUAGUAACUAAGGGUGAGGGGGACACUGAGUGGGAGGGAAGCACCGGUAAUUUGGAGAAUGUGUACUCCAGCUUGACUGAUCCAGUGCUCUUGGAACAAAACUUAAAUGAAGAGCAUAUCUAUCAAAGCCCAGAGGGUACAGGACACUUGGAACCAAAGUAUGAAAAUAUAACACUACCACAUUCCUAUGACAAUAAUGAGAUAGAGACAUGUCCUGUAUAUGAAGAUGCCCAAAUGACUAAUGAGAGUUCUUAAGUGAAAAAAAGACUUCAGCUAUCCUCAGUAGUUUCACAGCAGUAUACUGAAUUGUCCAAAACAUAAAACACAUUUUUUUAUAGAAACCAAUAAUAAAAAAAUAAUAAAAAUAUUGACAUCUAAUUUUUCUGGGAGGAGGGGUAGUGAGAAUGUGCAUUUUAUUUAUUUUCAUUUUUUAAUACAAAUAAGUGAAUUAACAGUGGUUAUUUUAUCAUACAUAAAUUAGAAAGAAACAUAAAUAUAACACUAAAGUAAAAAGAAAGGGA